AUCAUGUUUACAAGAAAAAGUGAUAGAAAAAGGAUCAUGCCAGCUUCACCUUGGAAUGGGGCAGCCUCAAGGUCGCGACCCACAUGGAGGCCAUUGUUCUUGGCAUUCACACCGCCCAAAAAAACACGACACCUGAUAUCCAACACCUGGCGCCUGGCACGCAUGGUUGCUUUGUUAUCGAUUGCUAACCCAUUUGGAGGCGCCAGUUUCCUGGCAACAGCCCAUCCAUUGAACCAAUCAAUCGGCUAGUUAUUUGGUCAGUAGUUGUACCUUUGCUCCUUGUUCCUUCACCAGCGAUUGCGUAAGAAUACCACAAGAGUAUGUCGAACGUGCUGAACACCAUCCUAGCGGUGGACAAGGAGCAGGAGCUGCUGCAGAGCUUCAUCCGCACAGGAGCAGCGGCGGAGGAGGAGUCCCAGGACGAGGCCAAUCGACGCUCCAAGGGUCGUUCCCACAAACCGCCCAUCUGGGAGAGACGCGAGUCGACGGAGGGUCGUGGUGGACGAGGCGGCGGACGAGAUGGCAAGCAGGCGGAUGACGGAGGAGCCGGCGGAGGAGCAGGUGGCGACGGUGCCGGUGGCAAGCGAGGCAAUCGCAUCGAAGCCGAACUGAAGGCCGCCCGCAAGAAGAUCGAGGAGCAGAUCGCCAAGAAGAAGAAGCCCAAGGAGAACUUUGUGGACUUCUACACGGACAAGGAUCGAGCGGCUGCUGUGAGCGCCGGGGCAUUCGACAUCAAACAGAGUCUGCAGAUCAAGCAGAAACAGGAUCGGAAUGAGGCUUUGCUCAUUCCCGACGAAGCGGACAUCAGCUCGGUCAUCGCCCUGGGCCUCAAGGAGAUCAAAAACGCCAAUCCCGAAAACGCCAUCCACUUUUUCUGCAAGGCCCUAGAGCUAAAUAGCACCGACAUCAACGCCUUGAUUUCGCGCAGCAAAUGCUACUUGCUGCUCGGCGAGGCUUCCAAGGCUCUGCAGGAUGCGGAAACGGCUUUGGGGGAGGACAAGAACAACAUUCGGGCCAUCUACCAGAAGGCCGAGUCGCUGUACUACCUGGGUCAGUUCGAGCAGAGCCUGAUGUUCUUCCACCGCGGAUUGCGGGCCCGUCCAGAGCUAGCCUUAUUUCGGUUGGGAGUUCAAAAGACGCAAGAGGCCAUCGAGAACACGAUCGGCACUAAGCCGGGACCGGUGCCAGGAGCACCUUCUGCAUCCGUUCCCAAGAGUGGAAAGUCCCGGAAAUCGGGAGAAGAUACGCCCAAGUCUCAGGGAGCAACAGGAACCAGUGCCAGGGUUCGCCAGAAGCCCAGUCGAGCGGAUCUGGAGCGUCGCAAUGCCCGCAAGCUGCUGGGCGAACUGUGCGUGGACAAGGAGUAUCUGGAGAAGCUGCUGCUCCAUCCCGACUUGGUGCGUGCCGACACCCACACGGAGAGCAUAUCGGCCUACGCACGGGAGGCGGUGGAGUUCCUCAACAAGCGGCAGGAGUUCUGGCGCCAACAGCGUCCUUGCACGGCGCUGCCCAACCACAAGAAUCUGCCGCACGACGCCCUGCCCAAGUGGUUCUAG